AUGUCUGAAGCCAAUAAAUUCAAACCUUUGGCUUUGCCACCCCAGUUGACGUUGGGUGACUUCAAUCAAUUCAUCCAGGAGAUUCUUGAACUUGUUGGCCCUAAGUAUGUUGAAGUCAUAAGCUCGACAGAUCAGAUUGACGACGGUUCCUAUAUGAACCCUACACACACGCACGAUCCCCAUCAUAUCAUGCAACAAGAUUAUUUUCUCGCUUCAGCAAUUGUCGCCCCGCGCAAUGUCACGGACGUACAGAUUCUGGAGGUCAACGUUGAAGGUGCAUAUUGUCUGGUGGAACCAGAUCAUUGGAUGAUGCAUUGUGGCAUGGAGGUCAUCUUACCAAGUGGUGAGCUCCUGCAGACUGGUAUGGGGGCGCUGCCUGGCCCUAGACAUACUGAGACUAUGGAAGCGAGACCAGAAGACCAACCGUGGAACAAAACUGCUCAGUUGUUUCCUUAUGGCUUUGGCCCAUAUAUCGAUGGGCUAUUCAGCCAGUCUAACAUGGGAAUUGUAACGAAGAUCGGUAUGUGGCUAAUGCCCAAUCCAGGGGGAUAUCAAUCCUACCUGAUUACACUUCCCAGAGACGACAAUCUCAAGCAAGCAGUCGAUAUUAUUCGCCCACUUCGUCUAGGCAGGCCCCUUCAACAAAAUGUUCUCACUAUUCGCCACAUCAUUUUAGAUGCGGUAGUGCUUGGUAAUAAGAGAUCUUAUUCAUCAAAGAUUGAGCCUCUCUCCAACUAA